AUGCGCGCGCACAAGAGACAACGGCUUUGCGGCGGCGGUUCUGUGAAGGACUCGCCGACUCCCUGUAUGCCGAGAGGGGUCCAGCGAGGGGAUUCCGCUGAUUUUCCCGAGUUGCCGGACUCGCACGCCGCGCUGCACAGGCACAGUGACUCCGCAGAGCCGCGCGCCGGCCACAGAGGGGAUCCUGUGUCGCGGGAUACGCGACCCGGGGAAACCGAAACUCAACAAUGGCAGAAACCGAAAUCAAAGAAGCAGCAGCGCGUGUCGGUGACCAUCAAUCGACAGAAUGGUCAGCAGAGGCCGGAUAUUGACAGCCUCCAUCAGUUUCUCCGGUGGCUCGUCUGGCAAAAAUUUUCGGCCGGUGGCUGCGCCGGCCGGCGCGCAGGCCGCGAGGCGCCCAGUGGGCAGCCUCCGGGAACUCCCGCGCGCCAGUCAGCCGAGAAGUGCCCCCCGUGGCUGCGGCUCACGCAGCCGCACCUCGUUGGCGCGGUCUUGGUUGUCGUUCUGCCCUACCUGGAUUUGGCUGCCCUGCGCAUGCUGCAGCUGGAGAGCACCGACCGCGUCGCGGAACUGCUGCAGCAGGUCGCGGCGCGCCGGCGGGAGAGAUGGCGAAGCGAACCGGCGGCGGAGACUGAUCAGGGAACAGAAAAGAGCCACGCGACAGCCUUUCAAAGCAGCGAACACGCUGGCAACGAGGAGUCGCCUCCUCCUCUUCUCGGGGGCGCGGGAUCGUCUGGAGACGGAGGAGAGGCGAACGCGUGCGCGAACUCUGGCCGCGGGCGGCCUCGCACGACAGAGGGCGAGAGUGGGAAUGCUGACGGCGAACAACGCUUCGCCGACGACGUUCAGAGGCGCAACUCCAGCAUCCUACCCAAAGGCGUCCCCUCCCUCUUCAAGCUGAUGGCGGCCCCCAGCGGGCCAAAGGUGCCCACGCGCUUCAUCCGGGUCGAGAGCGGCCAGCGCUGCUCAAUCGUCACGGUGCGUCAGCUCCAGGAGACUUGUGAGAUUUCGACGGAAUUGCGAGACGAGACGUCAUCUGGUGUCGGGUUUGCACCCGGCUGGGGCUUCGCGCGCCCUCCGUGCAUUUGGUGGUCGGGCGGCAUGACCUAUCCAAACGGGCUGCGGCGCCCGCGGCCUCACUACGACCCGUCGUACUACCUGCUCACAUACGAUGAAAUGAAGCAGAAUGAGUUUCCGCUCCCGGAUGAAAUAAGUGGGUCACUGCCGGCGGGCUAUGUCUCGCUUCACUCCGAGUUGGUGUACCCUGCCGUCUGUGAAAGUCGACCGAGUUCGUGGGUUGCGGGAGAGAGUGGUUUUUUAUCUUGCCCUUUCGCGUUGUCCGAGACGCUGCCGUCCCCGGGUUUCCCGCUUUGUUCGACUUCAUCGUCGGCGCCUCCUGUCUCCCUAGAUCUGUUCUUUGGGCUGGACUGCGAGAUGGUGUUGACUUCGCUGGGCACCGAGGUGGGUCGCGUUUCAGUGGUCAACAGCAAUGAAGAGAAGCUCUUGGACAUCUUUGUUCGCCCCGAGGCCCCGGUCAUCGAUUACCUCACGCGCUUUUCCGGAAUAGAAGAACAUCAUCUUGCGUCGGCAGAGCAUUCGCUAAAGGCGGUUCAUGGCUUGCUUCGUCAAAUUCUGCCUCAUGGCGCGGUGCUUGUAGGACACUCUCUCGAGAAUGACCUGCAUGCCUUGAAACUUGUUCAUCUCAGGUGCGUUGACACCUCGAUUUUGUAUCCUCAUGCAAUUGUGGGGCUGAAGAAUUCUCUCAAGCAUCUAGUCAGCAGUUUCCUGCCCCAGUAUAGACUGCGGCGAGAGGCGGGUCACGAUUCGCUUGAAGACGCGAGGGCGACUCUGAAGCUGGCAAAACUGAAGGUACAAAAAGGACCUGGCUUCGGCGUCGUCUUCAGGCAAUACGAGCCUCUGGGUCUCGCGCUUGCAGCUGUGGCGUCUAAAGCUGUGCACUCGCAGCAGACACCUGGGGAAGGCGCUCACUGCCCCAGCGCAAAUCCGAAAGCAAGAUCCGCAUCCCCAGUAUACUCGCCUGUUUUGAACUGUCGUCAUGUGGGCGCUGAUGCCAUACUUCUUGACGAGACAUCGGGAGGCUCAUCUGGCGGUACCAGAGCACCGACUGAACCCGCAUCCCAUGCAACCGCGUCAGACCCUCAGACACAUGGGAUAGCGGGGGACAGAAGCCAGACGACUCACAGCCCGGGUGUCUCUUCGGCCACAGGGUCGCCGCUGCGCCAUUCCGGCGACAGGGCGGCAGUGGAUACAGUCAGAACUUCCGAUGCAGGUUUUUGCGGAAGCGCGAGACCGGAGGAUUCCAAGUUGGAUGUGUUUCUUGUUGAUUCCUUCGCUCAUGGAUGCCUGGAGGCGUUCGCGGGGUCUCAUGUUUUCACGGUGCGAGACGAUGACGACGCCGUCAAAGCGUGCUUGGAGCUGUUGAACGCGAGUCGCGCGCGAAGGCUGUCGAGUGCGCCCAGCAAUAUCAACGCUACGGAGGGGCGGGGAGCUUCACUGGAGGCGAGCAGGAGCCACAUGUCUGAAGGUGACCGCUGCUACGACGCAGUGCGCCCCCGUCCUGCGGGUCCCCAGUCUCCGACAGCGAUUGCGGGUAGAGGACAGACAGCAGAAGACAACGGUGGGGGGGCGGCGGCGUAUCCCUCGACGAAGCUGGGUCCUGUUCCUUUUCUCAGGCUUAGGGGAAGGGAACGUGCCGCGAAGGAAACGGAUAGCUCGGGAGCACGCGUCCGAGCAUCAUCGGACGGCGGAAACGACGAGAGAGAAGACCGCAGGCGUCGUCCUCCGGUCUCCUCAGAGCCGGAGUCGUCACUCUCCAUCGGGGUCUGUGUGCUUCGGAGUUACCAACGGCUAUGUAGCCAGGCCGCUGGAGUGUCUCGGAAUCACUUGUAUGCCUUCAACAGACGAGUUCAGCGCAUUCUGCAUCAGACGCGGGGGAGAAAAGAUGAACAUCCAGUUGACUGUGAUUAUCGGGUUUCGAGUGCCAACGGAAUUAUCAAGACGGGUACCGCGAGCCACGCCGCAUACACGCCUACACAGACUCGUGCGGGAAAUGCACACAAAGGAGGCAGAUUGCGCGCGCUCGCCGAAGGGACCGCUCACGUGAAGGAGGAGGCUAACUCUGACGCUGCCGGUUGUAGUGCAGUCAAGCACUGCCGACAGCACACUGGCGCAGAUGAGAGAACAAGCGGCGUCGCCGGGGAAAGGAGAGUUAGCGGCGAAGAAGAACAUGCGAAUACGGACUCGAAAGAUACUUCGUCUACUUCUGUGGGCGCAUUCACUGGAAAUGCUGAACUAAUUUUUCCUCCGGUAGAGCGGAGGGCAGCGCUGUCCACGAUACUGGAGUUAGAUGAUUUGAUUCUAACCUUACUUGCUGGUAUGUGCCACAACGACCUUCUCAUUCUUCUUUCCCCGUGUGGAAAUGCGGCGCGGUAUCUGAGUUUGGCGGCGCUUCGAGCGGCGUUGUCGUCCAACUGUAAAGGGACACACUACGUGCCAGCUGAGAGGAAAGGACGGCCGCAAGAGGUACUGGGCGUGAAUUCCAGAAGUUAUGAAAAGGAGCGAGCAUCGCUGUUGCGGUGCGAAACCGGCACGGAUGAAAGUCAGCACGAGGAGGCGAUGCUGCCACGGCGCGGAGAUACGGGGGUGUGCCGAGAUGUAAACGCGGUCGAGCUAAGGGGUCUCGGAGAAACCCCGCAGCCACUGGAUGUCGGUUCCUAUCGAGGCACUCUCUCCUCGGUUGCCACAUUGAAGGAAGAGAGCUCUGACCAGCUUAAAUGGAGUUCCUCGAUGGAGCGGGCACUCGAAAAGGCCCGGGGGGAGUUUCAGGGUCCAGUUGGUGGCCCAUGGGUAGGUUUUUUUGUACGGCCCGCCGGCAGCGGGGUAAUUGGGAACAUAUGA